CUAUUCAAUGCUCGUGAAAAUGGCUUGCAAGUACGGAUGAAUAUGUUUGCGGCAGUUUCAGCACAGUUGAAUGCUUAUUCGGAACGUAAUAUUAGUCGCUUGUGGAGCCGCCAAACCGCUCAAUUUGGCAAAGCAAAACCAUUCGUUGUGAGCAGCAAGAAGGAGCCAAUACGCGUUUUUGCAAUUAUUCCCGUGAAAAUCAAAAUCAAAAUCGAAAAUUAAUUGCUUUGCAUCGCACGAUCAUAUCACCGAUCAAAAAUCGUUUCGCUAUUUUUUCAGAAUUUUUGUUUAUAUUCAGCCGUGGAAUUUGUUUAAAUCGUAAUAUCUGAUUUUCCGAUGUUUGAACUGCGAUCGAAUUGGCGGUGAUCGAUAAUCACAGUCGCUCCAUCAUUCUCAUUCGCGAUCGGUAGUCGAGCUUGAGAAAUGUAAGAAGUUUUGUGGGGAGUCAUUUAUUCAGAAAUAUUUAUGCAGUGCUUUCUAACGUACGUGAGUGUCCCUGUGCAUUGCAACAAAAAGUUCGCAGUUCAGACGUCCCUUGGACUUUUUUAAAAUCAAGAAAUUGGGGCUACUAACAUAUUUGGUGCGUCAGUAGGCCUUUAAAGCGGUGUCAAAAGUUCAAGUUAGAGUGAAUAGUAACAAUUUGAAUUUCAAACAAUUUGCCGGAACGUGUCAUUACUUAUUUUUGUGGAUGUAGAAUAUUUAGUGUUUUUUUCCAUUUGAAAUAUAUCUUGUUGCAAAGUGGAAAUCCAUUGGCCAGUGGCAAUAUUCUGUGCGUUUGCUGAAUUAGGAUACAACUCUUAAAUAGAUAAGAGAUUUCGAAAUGGCUGCACCGAAAAGCGAUAUAAUUUCAACAGCCAUCGAAACACAAAAAGAUCAAGAUGCAGCUAAUUCAAAACAGAAGCUCUUGGUACCGCGAAGGAUAAUGGAAGAAGAAGUUUGGCUUAGUGGUUCUGAACUGAAAACAGAUAACAGUAGCAGCGACGAAGAGCGGGGCGAUUCUUCAGUGGACUCCAAGGACCGAGCUAAGAAAGGAGCGAAAAAGAAGACGAAAACUAUUUCCCAAAGUGCACGUAACCGAACCAAGAUUCUGCGAGAAUAUCAUCAACAGGAAACGAUCACCGAAACAUUCAGAAGUGUCAAAGAAGUCACAUCUAGUACGACGACAUCUUCAUCAACAGAUUUGAAUGAUUUAUCCUUAAAUGACCAGAAUACCCCAUCGAUGAACACUUUAGACAAAAUGUUAUCAAGAUGUGAAGACGCUUCUCGUCAUUUUAUCAAGAUGUCUUGUAAUAAAGCUGAUGACGAAAAAUCCCAACUGCAAAAAAUUAAACAAUUGGAAGAACGGAUAGCUAGAGCAGAAAAAAUAUAUAUGAAUGCCAGGGAAGAAACUGAUCGCCUAGUCGCCCAAAUGGCAAAACUACUGAACAAUGUUUCGGAAAUACAAGGUCCAGAUUGGGAAUUUUUCACUGAUGUAACGAAAAAGUGGAUAAGAUGCUUUUCCAGCCCAAGUUCGAAAACAAAUAUUUUCGAUGGUUGUAUAGAUUCCAAUCAAAACUUGAAUCAAAGUAUUGAAAAAAAUCAACUCCGGAAAUCAAGACAUUUGGCAAUAAGAAAUAAGGAGAAGAAAAAAAAGUUGAUCAAGAUUCAAAAAGGAACUAAUUACAACAUAGUGUUGAGAAAUAUAAAGCAAUGUUCGAAGGCUAAGCUAGCUCGGGAGACGAAAUUUCAAAAAAUGACCGAACAAGACUCAAAUCGUUUGAGAAGUUUAAUUCGAACCACAAAUGACAUCUACAAUUCGAAUAUAGAUUACAUGGGCUAUAAGCUGCGGCCAGAAGAACUGCAGAGAAUAUCUACCAUAUCAAAUCAACUCCAUUUGGCACAACAGAAUCCAAGGGGUUCCAUAACUGACGACCAUUCAUCCCCGGUUCUUACUAGGACAAAUAUAAGUAACAGAGCGGUUAAUAAUUUACAGGAUAACGACCUUACCAGGAAUCUCGAUUUCAUGCCAGAUCCUGAUUAUACUCAAUACGGUUCACUAACAGAUUCCGAGAAGCAGAUUCUCUUCGCAAGCAGAAGUAACACAUCACUUGCUGAUUCUUUGGACGAAUAUGGCUCAUGUGAGGAGACAAAUUCAGAUUUCCCUUCAUCUACGAACUUAGCAACUCCCAGAUCAGGAUGACAUGGGUUUAUUUAUUUUUUAUUGACUUUUAUUUAGUGUAAUUAUACAAAUUUUGUAUUUUUAAUUUCUUGGCAACAUUGGACUUUAUUAAAAUUUGCAAUUGAUUGGUUUGAAAUUUUAUCUACCUAUAUAUGUAUGUAGUAUGUGGUUAGAAUCUCUAGAAAUAAGCUUUGACCGAAAUAGAAAUUCUUGUAUGGAAAAGAAACUUCACCUCAUUCCUAUGCGAUGUUUGAAUGAUUUACUAGAUAUCUGUACCUACUCACACCAUAUGAACACAUGACUUGAAUCGAUGUUAAAAGUUAC